AUGGAUAUGGCUGUGAAGCCCGGAUUGAAAGUGCUGAAAAAGCGCCGCUCCAGUCUUUUUGCGACCAUAAAACGGGAGAUGAGUUUUUCACAAAGCAUUGAAGAACAGGAGCGUGAAUUCCCCUUUUCACAGGACAGCUCUGUGAAACCGUGGACAUCCAUGGACAACCUUGAUGCUCCUGACAGCCAAAGUAAAAAAUCUGAAAAAAGUCAGAGCAAAGAGGCGCCGAACCCAAGGCAAUCAAACAUUGUCAACCUCAACAUAGGUGGAAAGGUGUUUCACAUCCCGAAGCAUUUGGUCCUCCAGCACCCUAAAACCAGGAUUGGAGUCCUUGCCCUCUGUAAUGAUCCGGUCAAGCGUCUGACGCUCUGUGACGAUUACAAUGUUAAGAACAAUGAGUUCUUUUUUGACAGGGACCCCAUGUUUUUCCACUACAUCUUCCACUUUUAUUGUAGUAAGGUCCUGUGGGUGAUGGACAGUCUCUGCCCUGUCAACUUUGAAGAAGAGAUGUCAUUCUGGGGGUUGAAACUGAAGGAUAGUCCAAGGUGCUGCCGCAUUCUGUUUGAGGAGAAACUGGAUGACAUCAGAGACCAGCUGAAGGUCAACCAGGAGCUGAUUGAUGAGAUUAAGCCUCACCAAGAUGACGAAGGAUACAAGACCAUGUUUCUUGGAGGCUUUCGGAAGAUGCUCUGGGACUUGAUGGAGAAUCCCUACUCCUCACUGUCAGCCAAAGCUUUUGCUGUAUUUUCCAGUCUCUUUGUGCUUAUCUCCAUUGUUGCCAUGACAAUGAAUACAGUAAAAGAACUCAGGCAGUACAAACUUAGUGGCAGAACCUACAUGGAGUGGAUAGAGAUUGCUUCCAUCCUUUUCUUUACCUUGGAGUACUUUUUGAGGUUGGUCACUACAUCAAACAUCAAAGAUUUUGUGAAGAGUGCCCUCAACUUUGUUGAUGUGGUGGCUGUUAUGCCAUACUUCAUCCAGAUCGUUUUUGAGGCAUUUUUCAUUGAUUCAGAAGACAUCAGUGCAAAGGAAGAUUUGAAGACCAUGGCAAGGGUCAGUAAAGUCAGCAAGGUGCUCAAGGUGGUCAAGUUGAUGCGCAUCUUCCGUAUCUUGAAGCUUGCCCGUCACUCCACAGGCAUGAGGGCGUUUGGUUUCACCAUCCGACAGUGCUCUGAGCAGGUGUGCUGCCUGUUUCUGUUCAUUGCCAUGGGCAUCUUCACCUUCUCUGCUCUGAUGCACUCUGUGGAGGUGGAUCAGCCUGGGACACCAUUCAGCAGCAUACCAGAUGCAUGGUGGUGGGCAGCGGUAAGCAUCUCUACGGUGGGCUACGGUGAUGUCGUCCCUAUCUCCUAUCUUGGCCGCUGUGUGGCAUUUGGCUGCAUCUCUUUUGGCAUCAUCCUCAAUGGCAUGCCCAUCUCCAUUCUGUUCAACAAGUUUUCCGACUACUACGCUAAACUGAAGGAACAGGAAUACAUGGUUUCAAACACCGAGCGCACCUUCCAGCUCACUAAACGUCUGAGGAACAAAUUUGACGGCUGCUUUGAACCCCGGCCAGAGGACUCUGAUGAUGAGAUACAUUAUCGGCCCAGCGCGAGGCAAACUAUCCACGAGGACGAGGACUGA